GUGAGCGGCCUGGGUACAAACCUGGACUUCUCUGCAUCACAGGACCACUACGUGCUCAGUGCAGAUCAGGUCGUUCGACAGCUAACGCUCUUGGCUUCCGCGCCCGAAGCACGCAGCACCCGAGUGACGGUUUCUCCACCCCUCACAGAAGGCACCUACAGCGUCCUGUCACCGGUGCCAAUUGGCGGUAUGCCAGUUCCCCGUGUGGCGAACGUAACUGUGAAAGGCCUCUACCCCGGCUUGCGCUCCACUCAGUAUUUCGUUCGCUUUGCUCCAGAGGCGAAGUUGGCGAAGGUGCUCCUUCUUGAAGAUGCGAAGCUGGGCUUCAAACGAUGUCUGGCCUGGGCCACGCUACCGGGCAGCCAGCUGAGCGUGCCGCCCAAGUCCAAGUUUCUGAACGCCACCAUCAUUUUCGCCGACUAUGUCCUGGGCGUGCCCCUCGCGAAAGAUCAAGCGGGGCAGCUG